GGUGCACGACUGGUUGCAUAACUCGAAGCGUCUCUAACAAGUUGUUUGUGCCUAAUUUGUGUUUUUUUCGCAUCUAUUGCGUAAAGAUUUGGAAGAAUUUGCAAGAAAAACGCCGAGUGUCGUCCAAAUGGCUCAAAAAUAAUGAAAUUGACAAUCAAAAACUGGACUGGGGUUGCGACUUGGAGAUGGGUGGCAAAUGACGACAAUUGCGGAAUUUGUCGCAUGCCCUUUGAUGGUUGUUGUCCUGAUUGUAAAUUACCGGGAGACGAUUGCCCCCUAGUGUGGGGACAGUGCUCGCAUUGUUUUCACAUGCAUUGCAUUGUUAAGUGGCUGCAGUCCCAACCCGUCAACCAGCAGUGCCCCAUGUGCAGACAGCCCUGGAAGUUCAACAACAAGUAGCCAGGUGUUUCAGAACUGUCGGCUUUGAAAGUGCAGACACAAGUCCGACUUCCUGCGCCGUUCGGGAGACAAAUGUGAUCGACAGGGCAUUGGUCCUUGUAAUAUUGGCACACGUUUGUCAACUGGGGACAACUCUGAGGCACUGCCACCAACCCAAACAACUUGUUCCCACUGCCGCCGAGAGGAACCUGCAGGGGCGGCAAACGUGUCAGCGUGUUUUUCUCCGCCCGUUCAAUUUUCUUCCUGAAAUCACAGAUAAAUUAUUGUAUUACACCACGUGGCACUCACGUGAUCCAGUCCGACCAAUAGAUGUGUUUAUCGGUGACUGUUAUCCCGAAUGGAUAUGUGCAGUUGGUGGCAAUUGUGCGCCUGAUUUUGCUGUCGAUAUCGACACAUUCGAUUUUUUUCGUUCCGGCGUCCGCGUAACACAAUUGUUCGGUGUCGUAGUCAAUGGUGAGAGAGUUGGGAAGGGAAACGGCUUCCCCUUGCAGGAAAAUGCCGCGGCCGGAGCCGUCGCCGUUCGCCCACUCGAUCUUGGGGUUCUUGCGGUCCCAAUCGGUCCAAAAGAUUUUGCUAAAACGCAAAAUCAGUAUUAUUUAUAUUUUUUUAAACUUGUAAAUACCCUCGUUGCGGAUGCACGGCGAUUCCUCUCGGGUUGACUAAAUUGAAAUCGAAAAGGACUCGCCUCCGCCUCGUCUCAAUACUCGCGACUUCGACUGUAUCUUUGGUCGAAUCGGUCCAAUAAAUGUUUCUUGAAACCCAAUCAACUGCUAGUCCUUCCGGUGACCCAAUCCCUUCCACGAUAAAGUCGCUCUUGUUACUCCCGUUGUAGGAGGAGCUCCUGAUCGCCCUCCCGCUGAUGUCACCCCAAUAGACCCGUCCUUCGUAACAGUCAAUGUCCAGGCCCACAGCAGUUUGGAAGUACUUGACCUGGAUGGGUUUUCCUGAAUUUUGCUUCGUGGGUUCGAAUGGGAUUUUUAGUGUUGACAUUCCCUGGUUGAGUAACAGGAAGUUGCCUUCGUGGGUGGGAUUCUUCCGACAGAUGGUUCCGUUCCCCACGUAGCCAGUGUUACACUGACAGACGUACCUCCGGUUCGAGUCUGUAACACACGUGGCUUGUGGGUCGCACAAAGUUGGCUCGAUGUGACAGUUGAUUUCGGUGUAACACACGUAACCAUCGCCGUAGUAACCACGUUCACACUGACACUCGUACAAGGAGGUGGAGGGGUCGUACUCGCAGGUGGCGUGGAGGCCGCAUUUAUUUUCAAUGUUACAACCGAUGGGGCGCGGUUUACAUUCGGUUAUGCCGUCCCCCAUGUAACCACUCUUGCAGGAGCAAUAAUGGAGCUGGUAGGUGUCGUCGUAGAGACACUCGGCGUUUUCGACGCAAAGUCCGCCGCCACAAGUGCUGGGUUUAAUGCACUGGUUUUGGGAAUCCCGGACGUAGCCCUCUUUACAGACGCAUUCGUAGCGCUGUGAGCUGGACAGAAGGCACUCCUCGGUUUGGGUGCAGUCGGCAUUGGAGGUGCAAAUGGCUAGAGAAGUGUGAAACAUUCAAGAGGUUUACUGCUUUGUAUUACCUGUGAUUGUGCAGUUGAAACCGUCCCCGAAAUACCCCGGGUUGCACACACAUUUCGACUUCCCGACAGUUUCGUCGUAGUAACAAUUUGCAUUGGGCCCACAGUUAUAUUCCUGCGCACACGACACGGUUACAGCAUCGCAGGUGUAACCAUCCCCGUCGUAACCUUCGUUACAGAUACACGAGAAAGUUUCAUUUUCCGAAUUGUAAAUACACUGAGCGUUGGCGUUACAAUUAUUCAAAAUAUCACACGUGACUACAAGAAAUAAUUAUUUGGUAACACCGUACGUAACAAUUAAUUCGUUACCAUUAUCCGCAAGUGGCGUAGUCGGCGGUAGAACAGUCGUCUCCUCUUUGGGGAUGCAAUACGUGGUCCCUUUCUCAAAAGUGUACCCUUCGGGGCACCAACACACUCCCAGGACGCACCUCUGGAUCUCCUUCUCGACCGCCGCUUCCGUCACGUUUUGCACUUCCACCUUGCUACAACUGUAGCCGUCCCCUUCGUACCCCGGCAAACACACACAGUAGUAGCUGUUCGUCUUGGGGUCGAUGGUGCAGACGGCGAAGGGGUCGCAGUUGUUGGCCGUGUGGCAACUCCGGUCGACCAGCGGGCUACAAACUUGCCCGUCUCCGGUGAAUCCGGGCAUGCAGCGGCACAUUGCCACGUUGUCGCCCUCCACGCACUCGGCAUUCGGGGGGCAAAUGACGUUAUGGCACGAGAAUUCGUUCUCGCACACUUGCCCGUUUCCGGUGAAGCCCGGAUUGCAAGAGCAGGAGUACGACCCGACCUGGUUCACACAGGCUGCGUUCUGGUCGCAACUGUGGAGCCCGGUCUGGCAUUCGUCAAUGUCGGCGCAGACUGUCUCGUUUUCGGCAAACAUUUGCUGGAAACCUGGGUUGCAAACGCACCGGAAGCUGUCGCCGUCCACGACGCAGGCACUGAAAGGGGCGCACUGGGAGCGGCCCUCCUGGCAAGGGUCGAUCUCCCCCAAAGGCAUGAUCUUGUUAGUUAAGCCGAAACGGAUGAUCUGUUCUUUGCUCUCGUAACUGAUGAAGUUUUUGCCGACUUUGAGCUUCCAGCUCUCGCCGAGUGAGGUAUUCUCGUGCUUGCAGUAAUCAAAAGUGUAGACUUGUUCAAUGUCGUACGAAACGGUGGUCUCUUCUUUGUUUUCGUCCAAGUAUUUGAAAAAGCGAGUCGAUGACAUUUGAACCACUCCGGGACUCGUCAAAGUGUACUGUUCCUGAUACUCAUCGAUUUCGAUUUUUGAGUCGAACGGUAAAGUCGGGAUUUCCCCCUGAAUGUUGGUUUCGAGUCGCAAUUGAUCGAAAACGUCCAAACCUAAAUAUUUUUGUUUUAUCGUAACGGUUUGACUGGUGUUUAAGAAUUUGAGAAUGGCAGUGUGGUUGAAAACACCUCCCGUGAAUUGGUACCCAUUUUGGGCGUUUCUGAUGGGUUUGGCGAAAAUAUAACCAAUUACCCCACCCAGAAUUUGCAAGGAUUGGAUGUCAAAACCUAUAGAUUCGGGGAUUUUGCUAAUAGCCGUGUAGGCCCGGCCAUCGACCAUGACAAUGUACGACUGCAAGUCCAAAUUUUCCAGUCGUUCGCCGUUAAUUUUCCCGUUGAUUUUCCCAUUAACUCUCAGCGGAACGUCUGGAAAAAACGCAAUUAAGUUUUUGAAGCCUGAGCCACAUUUUUUUAGUUACUGCAAUAACACCUUUCUUUACACAAAACCGCCCAUUCCCGUAGUACUGUUUCUUGCACUGGCAGCAGAACCCCUCCUCGUAGUCCACACAGUUGGCUUGGACGUGACAAUAAGUCGUAGCUUCGGCACACGUUUGCGGAUUCUCGUCGCUUUUCAAAUCAUCGGUGAUCAAAUCGGGCCCGAUCACGUCAUUCCCAUCAACCCUGUACAUGAACUGCCCCGGGAGGUCAAUAUUGGACCACCUACAACCCGCAAUGAGCAAAUCAGGUCGGCUUGCUGGCUCCAACUCACACUUCCAAAUUCCGGACUUGCUCCGUGCCGGAGCCCGGAAGCGUGUACAUUUUGCCCUCGGCGGAGAUGAAUCCGGCUUGGGCGCGGGCGUCCGGGAGCCCGGACUCGUCCCCGGUGCCUUGGAUCCACUGGAUGCCCUCUUUGGGGUAGAGGAGUUCAACGAAUGAGCUGGCGCCGUCGGUGAUGAUCACCAGUUGAUAAGUGUUGGUUUUGUCGCUGCCUCUGUUGAAAUAACCGACACGGAACCAAGUCACGAUAAAUAGACUUUUGGCCUGGAAAUUUUCCUGGUCGGAGAAGUAUUCACGGACGUUUUCUGUGGCGCGGUGAAUGAGGGCCGAGUCGGAGGUUUCGUAGUAGGAAAUCGUCCCAGCGCUCCUGGUGUCCACGUUCGUGUAAAAGGGGGCGAUGAGGGGGUAGUCGAGGGGGAACUCGAUGUUGAAGAAGUUGGGGAUUUCGGUUUGGAAGGAGACGAAGCCGUUUGAGUUCAC